AUGGCUUUGGUCAUCAAGUAUGUCAAUCAGGCACGCGAGCAUCCCACCUGGGAUUCGCCAGAAGACCAGCAAAAAAGACUGCAAAAAAUGGGCAAUUAUGACUCGACUUCAGAUCAGUUGAUGAAGCUCAAAUUCAAGAGAGUUAUUGAAAAACUGUGGGAACUCGGAAAAUCUUCUCCAAAAGAUCAUCCACCUGCUAAAUCUUCAACAAAUCCGGCAAAGGGAGUUAAGCGCCGAAUGGUUUCGAACCCCACCUCUGAUCCCAAUGUUGCAGUUGCCCAGGAACCCAAGCCUCCUCCAAAACGACAGCAUAAUGUAGCCAGCACAUCUACUGCAAUUUUAAUCUUAUCUGACAACGAAAUCCUAGCUGAAGACAACGAGGUUGUGUUUAUCAAAAGCAACAUUAAUACAGCUUCACAAAAAAAAAACAAAAAAAAGAAAAGAAGAAGAAACAAAAUCGAGCGGCACCCGAGGGGCCAGGCUUUGAAGUGUCACUGUGGAUCAGCACCUGUAACUCUUCAUGGAGGAAGAUUUGAGAGGGCAGAAGCACACUGGUUAACUGAUAAAUGUGCAAAGACAACUGCUCAAUUGCGAUCCAACAAACUCUUGAGCUCGUUCUUUGUCAAAGACCCGGCUCUCCAACCUGUCAACAGGAAUAUUAUUGAGGCUGCUUGUCCAGGUCUCACAGACAAAACCUGGCCUAGACCUAAAUCUGAGCGUACAAUUGCUGAGUUCAUGGACAGCACCUGUACCAUCUAUCGCGGUAAUGUUCAACACAAAAUACUCAAAGAACUGUUUGGGGACGAUCUUGGGGAGAACGAUCUUACGGAAUCACAAAAGGCUAAACUUGUGACGGAACUGGAUGCACGCUCCACUUGGGAAGUCAAGAGACACGGUGAACGCAAUGCCAUCUACUCAACAUCUUGCAAAAGGACUGUCAACCACCACAAAAAGGAUCCUCUCCAACCUUGCGAUUCAUGCCUUGAAUUGAAAGACCUUAGCAGCUUGAGACGAGCUCUCAAUCACAAAUAUGCAAAGGGUGAUAACAAGAAAUUUACACCCAACUAUCUGCUAGUUAUUGAUAAAUACAAUACCAUUGUGAAUGAGUGCAAAGAGGUCAAAAUCCUUGGAAAGUCUCUUGAAUCUUCACGUAAUGGCGACUUCGGUGAUUUUCUCGACCAUCUAGUGAUUAUGGCGAGAAGAGGAAUUUUUGAAAACCGUCAAGCUGUUAAAGGGAUGAUAAUGGGAUGUGCUAUACGCGCCGAGCGUGAGGAGGCAGGAAAGUCUCUUCGGGGUAUGCGAAUAGAUACUCAUCUCAAUGAUUGCCUUACCACUCUAGGUGCAAUGAGCAAGAGCGCACUCAAGCUUCUCACAGAGAACUUUGUUGGGAAGACAUUACGAUGCCAAAGAAUGGAUCGAGCAAGGAGCAAGACUGAGAUAGAAGAUGGAAUGGUUCAAGGGAAUUUUGAUCGUGCAGCUGCUAUUCUUACUGAGCUUGGAUAUUCGGGUCCGGUUGCGGUUGGCUCAGAUCAGACUGUUUGUGUUCAGACUCUUCGGCAUCAUCGCGGUUUCAUUGUUGGAGCCCAGGGAGGCGAUAUACCGUUUGAUAAUCCAGAUGAACUGCAAAAAAUGCUUGAGAAGAUCAAGAAGCAAAAUAACUUGUGUUCAAAAAUCCGAGCUUACACCAUUCAGGUCCCUCUUCCAAAUAUCCCAACUCUAGUUGUUGCAUUAUUAGCCAGUGCAUCCGAUGAAGGAGCGGACGAAAUUUCAGUCCUCCAUGAUAAUAUGAUAAGAAUGAGUCAAGCAUCAGGUAUCAAUGUCUUAUCGAUUGGAGCCGACGGAGCCGCUAAUGAAAUUGCGGCACAGGUCAAACUGAAUCAAAUGACCAUACCACUGUUUGGAAACCCACCACGCCCAGUUGUGACCUUACAGGACCCAAAGCACGCUAGAAAGACCGUGUCAGAAAAGAACAAAUGCUUCAAGAUAUUUUCAAAUCUAGCGGAAUCUUUUUUGGCAUUGAUCAUCUCUCAUCGCGAUUACUAUCCCGAUUUCCCGUUUUGUCCAUGGAAACACGGAACUGAAGCGUGCGAGCACAUAUUUGGGUGGAUGAGAGUAAUCUCUCCAAACUUUAGCGUUCUUGAUGCUCGUCUCAUGAUGCCAAAAAUCAUGGCUGUUGUCAAGAGCAUCAUGAGUGGGAGGAUGAAAAUAGCACCAUCAGAACAUGUACAUGCUGGGUACCAGUAUGAUCUUCGUGAAAGUGAUAUCAACAACCUCGAUCAUCUCCGCAAUUUCCCAUCUAAUAGUGAAAUCACAUCGGAUCUUACCACUGCUAAAAAACGUGCUGUUAGCAUGGCUGAAUUUUGCGGGAUGGUCUCCAGCGAACUUGAAGAUCUUGACCAUGACAUCGAGGAUAUAGUCAGCUCUACUGUUGAUAAAGUCCAAGAAGACUAUCUAGAUAUUUCAACUAGUGCCUCCAAAGACUACGAAGUCAGAUAUGGCUACGAAUUUGGGGAGUUUCCUGAGAACGAGGCUUUUGAAGCAGCAGCUAGAUUGACAAAAGAGCAGAACGCUCUUGCUGUCAUGCUUGAUCAAGUCCCUGAAACUCUUGAGGACGAAGUUGUACAAAAUGCUGCAAUGUCAAUCUCCAACCUUCUUAACUCCAGUGAUGAGCCUGAGCAACCCAAUGCACCUGCUUCUCCAAAAAACUUGACCUGA